AUGGACAUGGACACCAAAGACAACCGUCUCCCCGACAAGGUGGACUACGCCGCCGGUGACUGCCACGACGACACCGCGUUGCUGCGUCGCAUAGACUGGCGGAUCUUGCCGGUGAUGUUCCUGACUUAUUUCCUGCAGUUUGUGGAUAAGAUCUCUCUCAACUACGCCAAUGUGAUGGGCCUGCAGGAGGACCUGGGAAUGAGCGGGAAUGAUUUCUCGUGGCUCGCGACGGCCUUCUUCAUUGCUUAUGCCGUGGCCGAAGUGCCGCAGGGAAUCCUCCUCCAACGGUUCCCCAUCACCAGAGUCCUAGGCGUGAACGUCUUCUUCUGGGGCGUGACGCUCUGCUGCUCUGCCGCGGUCAAGAACUACGCUGGCCUGUGUGCCUUGCGGGUCCUGCUAGGGAUGAUGGAGGCUGUAAUCGCACCCGCCUUGACAAUGUACACCAGCAUGUGGUACACAAGGGCCGAGUCCACCCCGCGCUACGGCCUCUGGUACAGCGGCCUAGGCAUGGGCCAGAUCAUCGGCGGCCUGAUCUCGUUCGGCGCGCAGCACGCACCGCCCCAGCUCCCAUUCCACGGGUGGCGCAUCAUGUUCGUUGCCGUGGGUGCCGUGAAUAUCGUUGUAUCCGCCCUCGUGCUAUCCGUUCUCCCCGAAUCGCCCGCCAGCGCUACAAGCUUCCUCACGGCGGCCCAGCGCGCCAGGAUCGCCGAGCGCCUUCGCGCCGAUGCCGCAGGUGUCGGGGACAAGGUGUUCCGGUGGCAGUCGCUGCUUGGGGCGCUAGGGGAUGUGCAGACGUGGCUGCUGGUCGUGCUGGCGAUUCUAAUCACCAUCCCCAGCGGGGUGAUCACGACGUUUAGCGCCAUCCUGAUCAAGGACUUUGGAUAUACCAGCAAGCAGAGCGCGCUCUUGAACAUGCCGUCUGGGGUGGUGAGUAUAGCUGCCACGAUGCUGUCCACUUGGGCGAUUGCGCGGGGGAACUCUCGCUGGGUGGCGAUUGAUAUCUUGCUCGUUCCGACCUUGCUGGGGGCGUGUUUGAUGUCGUUUUUGCCCAGGGCGAAUCAGGGUGGGUGUUUGGCGGGGAUUUAUCUGGUGAAUACGACUGUCGCGCCGUUGGCGUUGAUUUUCGCGUGGACUGGCGCCAAUUUCAAGGGAUACACUAUGAAGGUGGCAGGAAGCUCUCUCGUCUCCGCAGCGUUCAGCAUCGCGAACAUCAUCGGCCCACUGACCUUCCAGGCCAAAGAUGCCCCGGAAUACAUCCCUGCCAAAAUCACCAUUCUGGCAGUUAAUGCAGGCGCCAUCGUCGUAGCCACGAGUCUGCGCGUCGUGUAUGGGAUGCGCAACGCGCGGGCACAACGCACAGGAGGCCCAGCACGCAGUCGGAUGGAGGCAAAGCUGGCGGGGCGUGGUGAGGAAGAGGGGGGCGUGCAUGAUGAUGUGUCUUUCCGAUAUGUUUAUUAA